AUGUCACUGGCUAAUUCCCAAAUAUCAAACAAGUCCAAACACUCCUCGGUCUACCAAACUAACGGCAAACCUCUAUCCCCUGAAGCCCUAUACAAGGCCAAACUCAAGUAUGGAAUCUAUAAUAACCCAACAACUCAAUCAAUUGGUGUUCCAUCCUCAUCUGCCGCUUCUGAUACUGCCGCUUUAUUAGCAAACUCAACUGACCUAUCUAUUGAACCUUACAAGAGACAAUUGGCUGCUGAUGCUCAAACCGCCGCUUUAUUUGCUAGAAAGGAUACAGCUCCUCAAAAAUGGUCAAAAGAUUAUAUUGAUCAUGAUGCUGCAAGUGCAGCUAUAAGUGCUAAAUCUUUGAAAACUCAAAUCAUCAAAAAGCCAUCUGAUAAUAGUUCAAAUGCUGCUGCUGCUUCUGUCUUGUCAAAAGAUUCAAAAUCUUUAGCUUCUUCCAAUUUAGCCUCUUUAUAUGAAUUUGAUGCUGUUAGAAAUGGGACUAAAAAUUCUCAUGCUUCCUUAAACAUUGAAAAAUUAUCAAAAGCUUCAAAAGAACGUGCAGAUACUUUAAUCAAUUCAAGAAUAAACCCAACAAGAGAUUCUUCAAGAUUAGGUCUUGCAUCUAAAGAGACAAAUAAUGAUCAUUUAGAAAAAUUUGCAGCUGUUGGAGCAUUAGCUUCACAAAAUUUUAAACCUCCACAAGAUCCAAAUCUUGAAGCUAAGGCAAUUUAUAAAAAUUCUUUAGUUGAUCCAAAAGUUUUAGCCAAGGCAAGAUUAAAUGCUGAUCGUACUUUAACUGGGAUUGAUAAACAUCUUGGUGAACAAGAUUUAUUCUUAAAUCCUGAAUUUAAUAAAAUCGCCAUUCAAAUUGCUCAAUCCCAUUCAACUAAAAGAAUUGCAUCCUCUGAUAAGAUUAACUUAGGUGGUGGGUUAUUUAUGACCCAGGAAGAAUUGGAUUCAAUUGCUUCCAAGAUUGUUAAUCCUGUUCUUGAAGAUAUUUCAGCAAAGGCUAAAAAGCAACGUGAAAAGGAUUUGGAAAUUCAAAAAAAGAAGGAGGAACAAAUCAAAUUACAUCGUCAAGUUAAAUUACAACAACAAGCUAAAAAAUUGGAAGAGAAGAGAUUAAAAGAAGAGGCUAAAUUAAAUAGAAGAAAAGAAAUGGAACAAGAAAAGGAAAAACAAAAACAAGCUAAAUUAGAAUUGGAAAAGGCUAAAAAGGAAGAAUUAUCAAAACAUCAAGAUAUUUUAACUGCAAAGCAAAAAGAAGAAGAACGCUUGAAAAAAGAAUUAUUGGCUAAAAAACAAGCAGAAGAAGAGAGAAUUCAAGAUGAAUCAACAAAAGCUGAAAAGCAAAGAUCUAAAGAAUUACAAGAUGCUAAAGAGGAACGUGAUUUGAAAUUAGCCCCAAUUUUGGAUCAAUUGAAAAUUGAAACUGAUAAAUUGGCUGUUUUGAAUGAAGAAAAACAAGCAAUUCAAGAUAUCACAGAUUCUCAAGUUAAAAAUACUGAAAAUGCUAGAAAUUUAUUAAUUGCAUCACAAACUGAAUUAACUAAUGCUGAAAAUCAAUUAGAAUUAAUUAAACAAGAUAUUGCUAAAUCUAAUGAUGAAUCUGAAACUUUAAUUAAAGAAUCUGAAUUGAAAAAACAAGAGGCUGAAGUUGCUUUGAAAAAAUCAAAUGAAAUCGAAGCUGAAGCUUUAUUAAAACAAGCUGAAAUUGAUAAAGAAAAGGCAAUUGUGGAAAAUGAACGUUUAAAAUUAGAAUUAGAAUUGGAAAAUUAUAAAAUUGAAAUCUUAGAACAAGAGAAAAAAAUUGCUGAAAUUUUACCACCAACUAAAAAGGAGGAAGUUAAAUCCAAAGAUGUUAAACCGGAAACAGCCACUAAAGGGGCAACAGCCACUGAAUCAUCACCAAAGGAAACUUCUGAAUUACCAACAACUAUAGUUACAGGGACUGGAACUGUUGACAUUUCCAAAAAUUUCCAAUCUCAAGACCCUUCAACAAAGACAAUAGUUGAUGCAAGUGGUGCAAUCACCCCAGCUUCAAAACAACAUCAACAUGUGAAGUCAUUAGUUGAUGAAGUUGUACCAAAAGAUUCCCAAAAGGACGUUAAAGAUGAAGAUGAUCAUGAGUUGAAGAAGACUUUUACUGGGUUUUCUCAAGGUAGUGGUGUGGAGAAGGAGAAUUUGGAAUCAACUCCUGAAGAUGUUGUUGUUGAUGAUGCUGAUUUGAGUAAAGAGGAUAAACACAAGAGUUUUUUCAAGGAGGAGUUUUAA